AUGUCAGGAACUACUAUUGUUAGUAAGAUUAUACAGAAUAUGGUGACGAAGAAUAAGUUCAAAGUCAUUGUUGUACCCGUAUUACAAGAUAACUACAGUUAUCUGUUAGUGGAUGAACUUACCAAUAAAGCUGCUGCCAUUGAUUCUGUUGAACCCGAGAAAGUGCUAUCAGUUGCCAAAUCUAAUAAUUUAACAAUUGAAUCUAUUUUAACAACUCAUCAUCAUUGGGAUCAUGCAGGAGGUAAUAAGAAAAUGAAAGAAUUACUACCGAAUGUUCCAAUCUAUGGUGGAGAUGAUAGAGUUGAAGCGAUAUCGAACAAGGUUGGGGAUAAUGAUAUAAUCAAUGUUGGUGAGUUAAAGGUAAGAGUGUUGUUCUCACCUGCACAUACAUCAGGACAUGUUCUUUACUAUGUCAACAAAGACGAUUCCUCAUGUGUAUUCACAGGAGAUACUCUAUUCAUUGGUGGUUGUGGUCGUCUCUUUGAAGGAAGUGCCGCACAAAUGUAUCACGCACUCUACGAAGUCAUAGGAAAACUGCCCAACGACACACUCGUCUAUUGCGGUCAUGAAUAUACCUACAAGAAUCUAUUAUUUGCAAAAACACUUGAGCCUCAUAACAAGGAUUUAUUAGAAAUGUUAGAGUUUUCAGAGAAACAAAAGGAAAAAGGACAACCAACAGUUCCAAGUACUGUUGGUUUGGAGAAGUCAUUUAACCCAUUCAUGAGAGUUCAUCUUGACUCGACAGCAGCCCAACAAUUCAAGCGUGAGAAUCCCGAUGCUUCACCGAUUGAUAUUUUAGGCUAUAAAACAUGUUUCAAAUUUAAAGGUGCAAAAGUGUUAAGUGUUAAACAGCUAUAG